AUGCCUGAGUGGUUCCCUCUUUCAUUAAUUAGUUGCUUCAAGGCUGUGAAAGUAAGAAGGCAGAUGGGGAGGGAUGUUGCAGGCUUGCACGUUGACAGGAACUCUAAAAUUGUCAAUAUGAAACCCAACAGUAUCUUUCAUGGCACAGUUCAUGUUGCUCCCAAAAUUGCAUCGGAAAAAGUUGAAACAAAGGAUCGUGAGCUGGAGGAUCAUGCUGAAAAUUGCAAAGUUGCUGAAGGAAUUAACGGGGAGCAAGAUGUGCUAGAAGUCAAAGGCACCAACCAUGAGCCUGAGCAGAAAAGUCUGAAGGCUGAGGUUCAGAAGUCGAGUAAUGAAAAGUUAGGUUCCUUGGUCAAGCCUGAGUCUGCAUCUGCUGUUGAUUGGUCAAUCAAGACGGAUUCCUCUGAGCCACUUACACCAGGUGUUGAGGAUGAGAAACUAACAUCAUAUGAAAGCCAUGCUAAUGGGACUGAUACCAUUGAUUCCAGUGAAAAAUGUUCACCAAAAUCAAAUGAUGCAAGUUUUGCCAAGACCGUAGGAAAAUCACAGAUAAAAUCUUAUUCUGUAUCAAGGAACCUGCCACAACCUAAUGAAAAUAAAUAUCAGUAUGAAGAUGAUAAUUGGUCCUUGGCUUCCUCUGCAGCGUCUGUACGAACAGUUAAAUCCAGAGUUACAGUUCCAGUGACUCCAUCAUUUAGAUGCAUGGAUCGUGCAGAGAGACGUAAGGAGUUUUACACGAAGUUAGAGGAAAAAAACAAAGCUUUGGAGCAAGAAAAACUUGAAUACGCAGCUAGAACCAAGGAAGAAGAAGCUGCUGCUAUAAAGCAGCUUAGAAAGAGCAUGACUUAUAAAGCGAAUCCAGUUCCGAAUUUUUACCGUGAAGGGUCACCUCCUGUGAAGGUUGAACUUAAAAAGCUGCCAGUGACACGUGCUAAAUCACCAAAUCUAUCACGGAGAAAGAGCUGUGGUGAUGUAGUCAAAUCAACGCCAGAAGAAAGAAUUCGUGCUGGUGCACCGCGUCACAGCAUAGGCGUUUGCAAAGAAGGCAAUAACACUCCCAAAAGUCGCAGCAGUGUACGCUGCAACGUUAAUGGAACUAGAGAAGUUACCAAUCGUCCUCAACAGUUGAAAAAACCUACAGAAAAGUCUCGUUUGAUGUCAGAACAGAAAACUGCAGAUUUUGCUGUUAAGGAGUCGUGA